CUUUUUUGAGACACAUUUUUAAAACAGGAAGCUUUAUCCAGGCGUUCAUCAAGUCUUAGUCUUAUGUCUAUUUAAUAAAGUACUAAGAAUCUGGUUGGAAUGUCCUGUACUGACGACUUACUUAAAACGUGUUAUUUUACUGUGUUGUGUGGAUAAAGAGUUAAAUAUUGUAUUCUCGAGAUGAGUUUAGAGGUGGCUUGCUUGUCAUUUCGCCAGCCGUACGCUACCCUUGUGCUGAACGGUGUGAAAACAAUAGAGAGCCGCUGGCGGCCCCUGCUGUCAGAGUUGCGGAACUGCACUCUAGCCGUUCACAUCGCUCAGAAGAGCUGGGAAGGAGAGGAGGACUGGAGACUCAUCCUCACUGAAAGGCUGGGAAUGACAAACCUGCAAACGGAGGAACUUCUGAUGUCUGGAGAAAGGUUUGGGCGUGGUGUUAUAGCAGGUCUUGUUGACGUUGGGGAGACGUGGCGUUGUCCUGAGGAUGUUCCCUGUGAAGAGAUGAGAGAGCUGGAGACAGCAGCCUGCUUGACUGAACUCAAUCUGAAAUACCUUACAAGACUCUCAAACCCCCGCUGGCUCAGUGAACCAAUGUAUUCUAGGGGCCAUAAAGAUGUGUGGACGGUACACAUCCCAGUUCAUCUACUUCCAUCAGCUUCUUCUCAUCCGUAAUAGUGAACAUUAAAAAAAAAAAAAAAAAAUACAUAGUAUUUGUGUCUGUAGAGAUGCUCAGAUGUGAGAUUUGUAAUGCAUGUAAUGUAUCUUCAAUGCUGAAUAUAUAAAAAAAAAUGCAUUUGUUCCAUUUGAUCACAGAUAUAGUGUUAAUUUAUAGGGUUCUUGGAAUAUUAAUAUAGUACACAUUUCAGGGGAUAUGAGGAUUCAACACUUCAAAAAUAAAUUCUACAUUAUAGGA